GAGACAGUGUGUCUGUUGGUCAGAUAUGUUGGUGAGUCUCACCCACUCAGUUGGAUAUUCUUUUGGAUAUGGGUUAAAAUAUCAGUGAGUAUAGGAGCGACGUCGUUCCAUACGUGGAAGCAGUACACAACUGUGAAUUUCAUGUGAACUUUGAAUUUUGCAGUCAUAUUUGAAAAAUUUGACAAUGAUAUUGUAAGUAUGAUAAUCUACUACAAUGUAAAUUUGUUUAAAUAAUGAAACUGCUAUUGAUGAGAUCCACUUGUUGGUUAAGGCUACACAUACAAAAGACAUUUUAUGGCACUUACAAACCAACCACACAACCUAAAAUGGGAAAGCUCAUAACAUCUACUGUUAAUACACCUGAAUUUUACAGCUUGUUUAACCCAAAUUUGAUAUCCCUCAUUAAUUUGUUUAAAAAAUAUAAUUAUGAACUGCGUAUUGCUGGUGGUGCUGUAAGGGAUUUACUGACAGGUAAGAAGCCAGAAGACAUCGAUUUUGCUACAACUGCAACUCCUGAACAGAUGAAAGAUUUUUUUACUAAAGAAAACAUCCGAAUGAUUAAUUUGAAAGGAGAAUCACAUGGAACAGUCACGGCAAGGAUCAAUGAUUGUGAAAACUAUGAAAUCACAACUUUACGGAUUGAUGUGAAAACAGAUGGUCGUCAUGCUAAAGUAGAGUUUACACAAGACUGGCAUCAAGAUGCCAGUAGAAGGGAUUUGACUAUAAAUGCCAUGUUUUUAGAUUUUAAUGGAAUUCUCUAUGAUUAUUUUAAUGGUCGGAAAGAUCUUGAAGAGAGGAGGGUUUGUUUUGUUGGAGAACCUGCAACCAGAAUUCAAGAAGAUUAUAUCAGAAUCCUUCGGUACUUCAGAUUUUGGGGAAGGAUUUCAUCACAAAACGGGUUGCAUAACCCAGAGGAUCUUAAAGCCAUUGAAGAGAAUGCAGUUGGUUUAAGUGAUAUUGCAGGAGAACGAAUUUGGGUUGAAAUGAAAAAAAUUAUCACUGGUCCCAAUUUUACCAGUGUUAUUGCUACAAUGGCCAAAUUAGGGGUUUUGAAAUAUAUUGGAUAUGCAGAAAAUGUGAAUAUUGAAGAAGUGGAUCAAGUCUGGAAACGAACAAAGGGUUUCUCUAUGUUGCCUAUGACUUUGAUGUCAACAUUAAUGUAUGAUAGCCAAGAUGUCAUGAAGCUAAAUCAGAAAGUGAAAAUGUCAAAUGAAGAAAUGAAUUUACUCAAUUUUAUAGUAGAAGAACGGUACAAAAUAUCAAAAGAAAAUAUUAUUAAGUAUUAUAAAGAUAUGGUCUUGAGUGGACGUGAUAGCAAAUUGAAAGGCCGUAUUUUAGAACUUUUUAAAUACUUGGGUGAAGAGGACUUGCUUACAGAAUUUAAUGAAUGGAUUCCUCCAAGAUUCCCUGUGUCUGGAUACGAUUUAAUGAAACAAAAUAUUCCUAAAGGCCCUAUAUUUAAUCAAACUUUAAAUUUUCUCAAAGAUGUUUGGAAAGAAAGUGAUUAUAUCCUAACAAAAGAAGAAUUGUUGAGGUUGGGUGAGAAAUAUGUAUCAGGCUCUGAAAGUAAAACUAAAUUAUUGUAGAUAUUUUCUUCUUGAUAAAUAAAUAAAAUUGUUAUACUGUU